UAUCAUAGAGUACCCCCUCCCCCGGAUCUCGACCUGGCGUAAUGCUUUUACACUAGUUCGACACUAGUCAACUGUCAUUGGGAACAAUGCCUUAACUUUCUUGAGUAAGCAAAAGAUUUGUAGGAAUUACGCACACAUAUUGUCUACAUAAAGGCAAAGUAAACUAAAGCUCUAACAUAAGAAUGCGAGCACUUCAGCUUUUUACCCGGUGCGAACUUGUGGGUGGAACGAAACUCUUUGUAGGACUCGCUUGAAGAAGUUUCAGAGAGUUAUUCGACAUUCUGCAGUAAAACAUGUCCCUUUUUUCAAGACAACAGAGUUAUUUGGGGCUCAUGCUGAAGACGGUUCUUUUUCUAGCCAUCUCCGCCAUCUUGGUCAACGCCCAGAGUUCCACUUUAACUGCAAAGGUUUCGGAAGUGAGCGCCAUAUCUCCGACUCCUUCAACGAAUGUUAUGGCAUCUACUGCUACUGUUGUCACUCCAACUGAACCAUCGCAGUUUCUCAAUUACACCUCAUUCAAUGUAAUCAUGGAAUUCGUAAACAUCACUUGGAAAAUGGAAUUUUUAAACAAAUCAAGCCAGGACUACAUUGAUUUGGAGUCUAAUAUAACAAAAGCUGUUAAAAAUACCCUUGACGCCAAAAAUGUCAGCUCGAAUGCGACGGUUAUCGAGCUGAAACCUGGGAGUGUGUUAGCCUUUUUGAAAAUUAGUACAAAAGAGCCUGAAACACGUGUCAAAGAAAUACUUCGAAACCAAACUUCAAGUGGAAAGAUAGGCUCUUUUCCUGUAACGAAGACCCUAUUCUCUGGAAGUUUAUUCGAUGUCGUGCUUAUGAUAAAGGCCGAAUGCAAUGAUACUCGCGAGCUCAAAGGUUUUAAAGAAAGCAAAAGCUUGAUCCAUGCAGUACAGGAAGCGUUGCCCGGUAACGAAACAGUAACACUUCAAAAAGUCACAUGCCCAGACCCAGAAAACGUUACCAUAGUAACAGUUCGGGUUCAAGUGGAGAAACCAUCCACAGAAAAUCCAAACAAGCAGCUUCAAGGUCUUCAAGCGAAAGUGAAUGAGGGUCAACUGGGAAAUUUGACUGUAAUUACUGAGUGGCAGGCGUACAUUCCAGGAGAGAAGCAGUUUUAUGUUUCUUUUAACCUGACCACACCUUCUCAAAAUAGGAGNAAGACUAUCAAGGAGCUGGAGAAGACCAUCAAAAGAAUUUUCGAGAAUGACACUGACUACAGAUAUGUCACGGUAGAGUUGAUGAAGGACAACAAAACAGCAAUUGUUAAGGUAGGGAUGGGGACAGCCGCUCCAGAUCAGCCCAAUGAAGCAAUGAAGCCACUGAAAGAAAAUGUUAAUCGAGGAAAAAUCGGGAAUACAACAGUGGUGAAAACCUUCAAAGCUUACAUAAACCCUAACACACUAACACAGAAAGAGUUUCGAAUUCGGAUCAGACUUAAUAUGACUGACUGUGACUCUAAACCGCAAGGGGCUAAAAAUCUUUCCGUAGAAUACAUGAACCGUCUGAAAAACUACGAACAUUUCAUCAAAGCCGAGUUACAAGAAUGGAAAUGUGUUUAUGGAAGUUACUAUAAAAAGCAACGGAUGGUACAAGCAUGGUUUUUCGUGUAUGUAAGACCAGCCGCUCCUGAUUCUCGUGGUCAGUUCAAUGAAUACUUGUACAAGUGUGGCGGAGACAGACCUGUUUACGACGGCGGAGUGAAGAUCGUCACUCUUACACCGACGUCGCCCGAAUACGCCGUCGGAGAUUACGACCAUUUCGUGUGUCCGAAGCCGCCAAAACCGCCGAAACCAACCGAUACGACAACUAGCAAGACCGACCCUACGAAAGAGCCAGGCUCCUCAGGUACCCCUCCCAUAGAGCAGAAACCUAACCUAUACGUCAAGGUGAAGUUAGGAAUCACAUGGGGCGAGUUUUGCUCUAAACUGGAGCACACUCUAAAGCAAAAGACUGCGUGGAGCUUGUACGACAAAAAUGGCACCAGGGUAUCUCCAGACAGGAUAAUUUUCAUCAACGUAGAGAAGAACUGCGCCGACCCAAGCAAAAAAGAUGAACAGGCAGAAGUCUGGUUUUACGUUUCCAAGUCCGGCUCGAAGAAGUUGCAUAAGUGUCUUACCCUAAAGGCUUACAAACUGUUAAAAAUGUUCCUGGAAAACGGAAAUACUAAAGCACUUGGACCAGAAUUCGAAGGAAAGGUUAUCCAUGUUGAUCUGGCCGGAGAAGAGUCUACCAAAUACAAGACUGAAUAUGAUAAUGGUGACCUCUCAACCUGGGCUAUUAUUCUUAUUGCAAUCGCGGGCGCUGUUGGUCUUCUUCUAUUGACACUGGCAUGCUGUUGUCUGUUCUGCUGCGGUGGAAAAAGACGAAGAUGGCGAAAAUACGAAGAAUCUCAAAAGCUACAAGUGGUACACGUCAAGGAGAACGGCGCUGAAAGAAGAAAGAAAAAACGCAACAAAGGAGACAAGGACGACAAGAAAACAGAGAAGAAAGAGAAAAAACGAAGAAAGGAAGACGACACGGAUGGCAACGAUAAAGAGCCAAAAGGAAAGAAGGGUACAAACGUUGAUAACGAUGGAAAUGACAACGCUGUCUCCUACGAGAACCAAGCAUAUGGGUUAAGAGAGGACGACGGAGAACUUAACGAACGCAAUUCCAACACGCAUGUGAGCCCAACGCCUGUCAUUGUAACAAGCCCUGCUCCUGAUGCCAACAAAACUGGCGACGUCACCAACAAGCUCCAAGGUGGCCAAACUUCCGAUACUGCUUCGUCAGGUUCCGGAGGCUCUCGUAGGGAAUCGGCAACUGUCGGUGGCGAGGGACAAGGAGAUGGUUCUAAGCAAUCCAGCCCUGCUGGUUUGCGACACAUUGACGCUGACCUGAAAGACCGCGGGAGGAGACGUUCGUCAGCAUAUUCGAUCAUCGAUGAUGAAGAUAUACCGCUGACACACAAGACCGGAACUGUGGGUAUUGUGGCUUUGGCGCUUAGAAACAGGAACGAAAAGAAGAAAGACGCUGAAUUCAAGAACCUCAGCAAAGACGUACCGGAAGAGGAAGUGAAAUAUCCUGCAAACACUCAGAGUAAAAACAGGUCCCCGGAUGUAUUACCAGCUCCAAAGACCCGAGUAAAAUUAUCCUCAAAUCCGGAUUACAUCAAUGCUAACUGGAUCAGGGAUCACAAAGGUCAGGCGCGUUACAUUGCUACCCAGCAUCCUCUGCACGAGACCGCGGAAGAUUUGUGGCAAAUGGUCUGGGAACAAAAGUCCAACCUGGUUGUCAUGGUGAACGAGGAAGAGAAAGAGAAACCGACUGAGUUUAUGGAUUAUUUGCCGAGAGGAGAAGGGAACACGAAGAAUUUUGGUGGCAUCGAUGUUACAGUCAAACAAAUUGUGAAGAAAGCAGACUACACGCUGACUACUUUAAACAUUGCAGACAGCAAGAAGCCUUCAUCCUCGCGCGAAGUCUCGCACAUGAGAUUCACAUCGUGGAAAGAGCGCGCCAUGCCCAACGUGGCCCUGUUUGUUGGUUUCGUGACGGCCACGAGAGAAGCAAGGAAGAAACAUGGCGACACCAAGGCUCCGACCAUUGUACACUGCAGUGAUGGUCUUGGUUUCAGUGGCGUGUAUAUCGCUGUGGAUAUUGGUAUAAAAAGCCACGAGGAGAGUAAAACAUCAGUUGUUGAUGUAUUUGAGCUGUCCAAAAACCUCCGUCGUGACCGACAUGGCAUUGUUUGUACCUUGGACCACUACAACUUUAUCUACCAGACACUGUACGAGUACACUGUCAACUAUGAUGAGUCGGCAGAGACUGAAAAGCUGUGAGCAGUCAAUUCAAGGAAAACAACCCUCAGCGGUCACCAUACUGAUCAAAGAGGGCAUCGACGACCUUAUCCAUUAUAAGUGUUAGCUACGAUGCUUGACAUACUAUAGACAUGAAAUAGCUGCUGGAAAACUUAGUUAUUUGUUUAGCCUAAAAAAGUAUCUGAAAUAUAUAUAUUUUUUACUGAUGUUUGACGUAUAUUUUAGAGUCCAACCGCUUGAAGUUGAGUCUGCAUGUAAAUGAAGUCAAAUUAAAAAAGUCACACGAAAUUCUCCAAGUUUGCAUAGUUUUACCAAGCUUGGCGAUAUUUAGCUUUGAAUUGCUGAAUUCAAAUCACUAUAUGGAGCAAAACUGAUCGAUACUAUUGAGAUAGUGUUUCCAAAAUAAAUUGUCCAGCUUUACAGUGUAAGCAAACAUCACCAAACGUUAUUGUAACCUUUCGUUUUUUUCUACUUAAUUGAUAACAGUUAACGAGUUUCAUUUGAUAUCCAAGAUAGAGUCUAUGACAUCAUAAAUACCCUUUGUCCGUUACUGUAGUUUUAAAAAAUAGAAUUCCGCAGUUAGUUAAUUUUACAUGUAGAUAAUUUUGCUUUCAAGCGGCAAUGCAAAGGAGGCGUGAAGGUCAUAAGAGUGAACUAAUCAUGACAAAGAAAUUGUUUUGAUCGAUUAUUAUAUUCAAUAAAGUA